CUCUGAAAUUUUCCUUCAUGUUUUUGGUUUAUCUCAAUGUUGACUGCAGCUUCUGACUCUUAUGUUGCAGUCUCUUGAACUUGGUUCGGAUUGGAAAAUGUCGAAGAGUAUGGAUGGUUUAGCAGAGAAGUUGUUUGGGAGUUCACUCCUCCACAUGCUUAAAUCUUUGUUCCGCAUUUUAUCUGUAGGACCAAUUCCAAACCACAUCGCCUUUAUUUUGGAUGGGAAUCGGAGGUAUGCCAAGAAACAGAAUAUGGCAGUGAGCAAUGGAUACAGAGCUGGAUUUAUGGCUGUCAUGUCAAUGCUCAAAUAUUGCUAUGUAUUAGGUGUCAAAUACAUGACAAUAUAUGCAUUCAGCAUCGAUAAUUUCAAAAGAAGGCCGGAGGAAGUUCAGUACUUGAUGGACUUAAUGCUGGAGAAAAUCGAAGGACUACUCCAUAAAGAAAGCGUUGUCAAUCAAUACGGAGUGAGGGUACAUUUCGUAGGAAACCUGAAGCUACUUAGCGAGCCAGUUAGAGUUGCAGCUGAGAAGGCAAUGGAAGCCACUGCCAACAACACCAAUAGCACUCUCUUAAUUUGUGUGGCAUAUUCUUCGACAGAUGAGAUCGUGCAUGCUGUUCAAGCAUCCUGCCAUGAGAAAUGGAAUGAAAUCCAAGAACUUAACGCGAACCAACUUCAAAAUGUUGAAAUAACUAAAGAGAUACAGGAGCUAAAUCAGAUCAUAAAGCUGGUAGAUAUAGAGAGGCAUAUGUACAUGAGAUUGGCACCUGAUCCUGAUAUGCUAAUUCGAACUUCAGGUGAAACUCGUCUUAGCAAUUUCCUUCUCUGGCAAACAACAAGUUGCUUACUGUAUUCGCCAAAGGUGUUGUUUCCUGAGAUUGGUUUGCGACACUUGAUAUGGGCAGUCUUGCACUUCCAGCGACAGUACCCUCAUUUGGAGAAGAAAAAGCAGUUAUAAAAGUAGUGCUAUAUUCCUCUGUAUUUUACCCCCUUUUUUUUUUUUUUUUUUCUCAGAUCACUCAUUGCCUAAUAUUUUACCUGCAUUAUAUAGCAUUGUUCUCUUCUUAA